AUGGACGCAAAGGAUCUGGAAAAGCAGGAAUUGGUAGCGUUGGCCCCAGGCGGUACUGUGCAGACUUCUCAUGGCGAGAACCCUGCGCAUCCAGACAAGAGCACUCAGCCUUCCUCCGCGACUUCAACGCCAACCACCACGGAUGCAUCCGAGGAGCAGCGCGAGUACGCCAGACAGAGCAACCCCAAUGGCUUUUCUCGCGUCAACACGGGCGUCUCGGUUGAGCAGGCCGAGGCCGAUUUCGCACACUUGCAGAGGGAGAUAUCUGGACUAUCGCGAGCCAGUCGUGCCAACAGUCGAAAAUCCGCAGACGCCGAGAAAGAUGCUAAGACGGACGUGCAAUCGCCCGAAUCUGAGGCCUCGAUAGAAGUCUUCGACCUGGAGGAAGCUCUGCGAGGUGGGCUGCAUGCCGAGAGAGAGGCCGGCAUCAGGCCAAAGCAUAUCGGUGUUCACUGGGACGGACUCACCGUGAAGGGUAUGGGGGGCAUGACCAAUUUCGUGCAGACAUUCCCUGAUGCUUUCGUCAACUUUGUCGAUUACUGGACCCCAUUGAUGAGCCUGCUGGGAAAGGGCCAGAAGGGUGUUGAAGCUACUUUGCUAGACAACUUCCGGGGUGUCGUCAAUCCCGGCGAGAUGGUCCUUGUGCUCGGGAGGCCCGGUUCGGGAUGUACGACUUUCCUGAAGUCGAUUACAAACCAGCGAUGGGGCUACACCAGUGUCACCGGCGACGUUGAGUACGGUCCUUUUACCGCUAAGGAAUUUGAGCACUACCGGGGCGAGGCCGUUUACAACCAGGAAGAUGACAUCCACCACUCAACCCUAACUGUUGAACAGACUCUUGGAUUUGCUAUCGACACCAAGGUCCCCAACAAGUUGCCCGCAGGCACCAACAAAGGGCAGUUCAAGAAAGACGUCAUCACUAUGCUCCUCAAGAUGUUCAAUAUCGAGCACACGAGAAAUACGGUGGUAGGCGACGCGCUCGUGCGCGGAGUUUCUGGCGGCGAGAGGAAGCGCGUGUCCAUUGCCGAAAUGAUGAUUACCAACGCAUGCGUUCUAUCAUGGGACAACAGCACCCGAGGACUCGACGCCAGUACGGCACUCGAUUUCGUCAAGGGUCUCCGCAUUCAGACUAACCUCUACAAGACCUCAACGUUCGUUUCCCUCUACCAGGCCUCCGAGAACAUUUACCGGCAAUUUGACAAGGUACUCGUCAUCGAUUCUGGCAGACAAGUAUACUUCGGCCCAGCUACCGAAGCACGCAGCUACUUCGAAGGCCUCGGCUUUCUUCCGCGCCCGCGACAAACCACACCCGAUUAUGUUACAGGUUGCACGGAUGAGUUCGAGCGCGCAUACUCUGAUGGGUAUUCUCCCCAGAAUGCACCGCACAGCCCCGAAACACUGGCUGCGGCCUUCGAGAAGUCCAACCUCACCGAGCGCCUCAAUGCCGAGAUGGCUGACUACAAGACGCGACUGGAGCAGGAGACCGCCCAGCACGAAGACUUCCGCUUGGCCGUCCUCGAGGCCAAGCGCAGCGGGGCUAGACACUCGAUCUACAGUGUCGGGUUUCACUUGCAAGUAUGGGCACUGAUGAAGCGUCAGUUUGCCCUGAAACUCCAGGACAAGCUCGGGCUUUCACUUUCGUGGUUCCGUAGCAUCAUCAUCGCUAUCGUUCUGGGUACUCUUUAUCUGAGAUUGGGUAACACCUCUGCCAGCGCGUUCAGCAAGGGUGGUCUCCUGUUCAUCUCCCUCCUGUUCAACGCUUUCCAGGCCUUCUCCGAGUUAGGCUCGACCAUGACUGGUCGGCCGAUCGUAAAUAAGCACAAGGCAUAUGCAUUCCACCGGCCCUCGGCAUUAUGGAUAGCCCAAAUCUUUGUCGACACUGCAUUCUCCGCGGUUCAGAUCUUGGUUUUCUCCAUUAUCGUCUAUUUCAUGACCGACCUGCAUAGAACCCCGGGGGCCUUCUUCACCUUCUACUUGCUGAUCCUAGUUGGCAACCUCGCGAUGACCUUGUACUUCCGGAUCAUUGGCUGCCUAUCUCCGGAUUUCGACUACGCAAUCAAAUUCGCCGUCAUCACAGUAACACUGUUCAUUCUGACAUCGGGUUAUCUGAUCCAGUAUCAGUCCCAGCAAGUCUGGCUCCGGUGGAUUUUCUGGAUCAAUGCUCUUGGUCUGGCCUUUGCUAGUCUGAUGGCGAACGAGUUUGGUGGUAACGAGCUCACAUGCUCAGGCGAAUCACUCGUUCCAUCUGGUGUAGACUACAACAACAUCAGCCACCAGGUUUGCACCUUGGCUGGCUCGGUACCUGGCACCCUGCAGGUGAACGGUGGCGACUAUAUCACACAAGGAUAUUCAUAUCAUCCUCAUGAUCUGUGGCGGAACUUUGGCAUUAUCAUGGCCAUCAUUGUCUUCUUCCUGAUCAUGAACGUCGUACUGGGCGAACUGGUCAAACAUGGGAUGGGCGGCAAUCAGGCCAAGGUCUUCGCCAAGCCAAACGCUGAGAGGAAAGCGCUGAACGAGGCACUCACGGACAAGCGACUCCAGCGCCAGACGUCGAGGCAAGAUGAAUCCAGCGCGACUCUAAAGAUUGAGUCAGAAAGCAUUCUAACUUGGGAAGACCUGAACUACGACGUCCCCGUCCCUGGUGGCGUUCGCCGGCUGCUGAAUGGAGUUUACGGAUACUGCAAGCCGGGCCAGCUCACUGCGCUCAUGGGGGCCUCGGGAGCUGGAAAGACGACUCUACUGGACGUGCUCGCUUCAAGAAAGAACAUCGGCGUUAUCCAUGGCGACAUUCUCGUCGAUGGUUCGAAGCCGGGCAAGGAGUUUCAGCGGUCAACUUCGUAUGCCGAGCAGCUUGACAUGCACGACCCUACCCAGACAGUCCGUGAGGCGCUGCGUUUCUCCGCCGACCUUCGGCAACCAUUCGAAGUUCCCCAAGCCGAAAAGUACACCUACGUUGAGGACAUCAUCGCAUUGCUCGAGAUGGAGUACAUCGCAGACUGCAUCAUAGGAACCCCGGAAGCUGGUCUCACCGUUGAGCAGCGCAAGCGUGUGACUAUUGGUGUUGAGCUGGCAGCGAAGCCCCAACUUUUACUUUUCCUGGAUGAGCCCACCUCGGGUCUCGACAGCCAGAGUGCUUUCAACAUCGUUCGAUUCCUGAAGAAGCUUGCUGCUGCUGGACAAGCCAUCCUCUGCACCAUCCACCAACCGAACGCCGCCCUGUUCGAAAAUUUCGAUCGACUGUUGCUGCUACAGAGGGGUGGUCGCUGCGUCUACUUCGGUGACAUUGGUGAGGACGCCUACGUUCUUCGGGACUACCUCUCACGACAUGGAGCGACCGCAGGGCCAUCCGACAACAUUGCCGAGUACAUGCUGGAGGCAAUUGGCGCUGGUAGCAGCCCACGCAUUGGCAACCGAGACUGGUCCGACAUCUGGACAGACAGUCCUGAACUUGCUAAUGUCAAGGACACGAUUUCUCAGUUCAAGGAUUCCCGGAAAGCGGCUGCAUCGAAGCAUGAUUCUUCACUGGAGCGCGAAUUCGCAUCACCCCUGAUGCACCAGAUCAAGGUGGUUUUCCACCGCAUGAACGUGUCGUUUUGGCGAUCACCAAACUAUCUAUUCACCCGCGUCUUCAACCAUCUCGCAAUUGCCCUACUGACAGGCUUGAUGUAUCUCCAGCUGGACGACUCUCGCUCAUCUCUGCAAUACAAGGUCUUUGUGAUGUUCCAAAUCACAGUUCUUCCCGCACUGCUCAUGCCUCAGGUUGAGGCCAUGUUCGUCAUCAAGCGUGCCAUUUUCUUCCGCGAACAGUCGAGCAAGAUGUACAGCACCUUCACUUUCACUUUGAGUAUGGUGCUCGCAGAGCUACCCUACUCGAUCCUCUGUUCAGUCGUCUUCUUCAUUCCCCUUUACUACAUCCCCGCCUUCCAAUACGAGUCCACUCGUGCCGGAUACCAGUACUUUAUGGUUUUGAUUACCGAGCUCUUUGCUAUUACCUUGGGGCAGGUUCUCGCUUCCAUCUCACCGUCGGCUUUCGUCUCCAGUCAAUUCGACCCUUUCAUUGUCAUUACCUUCGCCCUCUUUUGUGGUGUCACGAUUCCCAAACCCCAGAUGCCCGGUUUCUGGCGCGCGUGGCUGUACCAGUUGGACCCGUUCACACGACUCAUCGGCGGUACGGUGAGCACUGCUCUGGAAGGCAUCGAGGUUCACUGCAAAAAUUCCGAGCUGAACGUCUUCACCGCCCCUGAGGGUCAGACGUGUGGCACAUACAUGACAAGCUUCUUCGCCAACUCAGGUCCCGGAUACCUCGUCAACAAUGACACCAGCGAUUGUCAAUAUUGCGCUUAUCACUUUGGCCAAGAGUUCUACGAGCCGCUCGGCAUCAGCUACGGUCACCGCUGGAGAGACUUGGGCAUUUUUCUAGCCUUUGUGGGCAGUAAUUUGAUCAUCCUGUUUGCAGCCGGCCGCUUCUUGAACUUUAACCGCCGUUGA